CCAUUACCAUAGCCUGAUACUAUAUAUUCUAGCUGGCCUGUAUGCAUUCUGCCAAACAAAGAGAGAGGUGGUUUGUGAGGUUGUAGUGGGAGAGAAGGAGUGGUGUGGUUUGUGAGGUGGGAGAGAAGGAGUGGUGUGGUUUGUGAGGUUGUAGUGGGAGAGAAGGAGCGGUGAGGUUGUAGUGGGAGAGAAGGAGAGUUGUGGUUUGUGAGGUUGUAGUGGGAAAGGAAGAGAGUUGUGGUUUGUGGAGCUGUAUUGGGAGAGGAGGAGAACAUGACUGAGAAAGGAAAGACUCACAUGAAUGUUGUCAUCAUUGGACAUGUGGAUUCUGGAAAAUCCACCACCACUGGUCACCUCAUCUACAAGUGUGGUGGCUUUGACCCCAGGUCCCUGGAGAAGCUGGAAGCUGCAGCUGGUCAGAUUGGGAAGAGCUCCUUCAAGUAUGCAUGGAUCCUGGACAAGCUGAAGGCAGAGAGGGAGCGAGGAAUUACCAUUGAUAUAUCUCUCUGGAAAUUCCAAACUAACAGAUACACAAUCACCAUCAUUGAUGCUCCCGGACACAGGGACUUUAUUAAAAACAUGAUCACUGGAACGUCUCAGGCUGAUGUGGCUGUUCUAGUGGUUUCUGCUGCCACUGGUGAGUUUGAGGCUGGUGUGUCCAGAAAUGGGCAAACCAGGGAACAUGCUCUUCUGGCCUACACCAUGGGUGUAAAGCAACUCAUUGUGUGCGUGAACAAGAUGGAUAUGACUGACCCACCAUACAGCCAGAAGAGGUUUGAUGAAGUGGCAAAGAAUGUCACUAUCUACCUGAAGAAGAUUGGGUAUAACCCAAACACAAUCCCAUUUGUCCCAGUGUCUGGGUGGACUGGAGAAAACAUCACAUCCCCAAGUCCAAAGAUGAGCUGGUUUAGAGGGUGGAAGGUGAAACGGAAAGAUGGAUUUGCUAAAGGACAAUCUCUUCUGGAGGUGAUGGAUUCCCUCAUUCCUCCAGUGCGUCCAUCCAACAAGCCCCUUCGAUUACCCCUACAAGAUGUGUACAAGAUAGGUGGAAUUGGCACGGUUCCAGUGGGUAAGAUUGAGACUGGGAUCCUGAAACCAGGGAUGAGCAUCUCCUUUGCGCCAUCAAACUUCACUGCGGAAGUGAAGUCUAUAGAGAUGCACCAUGAGCCCCUGCAGACGGCGUUCCCUGGAUAUAACAUUGGGUUUAAUGUUAAGAACAUAGCUGUUAAGAAUCUGAAGCGUGGAAAUGUUGCUGGCAACUCGAAGAGCGAUCCACCCACAGAGGCCACCAGCUUCACAGCCCAGAUGAUCAUACUGAACCACCCUGGCUUCAUCAAAGCCGGCUAUUCCCCAGUCAUAGACUGUCACACGGCUCACAUCACCUGCCAGUUCUCAGAACUUCAGGAGAAGAUUGAUCGGCGGUCUGGCAAAAAACUAGAGGACAGUCCUGCUCUACUGAAGUCUGGAGAUUCAGCAAUUGUCAAGCUGAAGCCCAUCAAGCCUUUCUGUGUGGAGAGAUUCUUUGACUAUCCACCUCUGGGGCGCUUCGCUGCCCGGGAUUUGAAGCAAACUGUUGCUGUGGGAGUCGUAAAAUCUGUGGAAAGAAAAUCAAGGCUUGGCUAAGUGACUUGUCCAGAAAUCGUCUGUGCAACAAAGAACCCAAGGAGUUUGGUUCCAGUUAGUGUUUGGAGUGUUCAAUAUACAAUUUAAAUAGAUCGGCAGGGAACAGUGAAGUGUAACUGUUAUGCUGUGGAUGUCUUCUGAUCAUUAAAAGAUGAAUCCCUA